AGACCCAGAGUGAAAGGCAGAUGAAGCUUUGACCAACUCUCUUCUUCUUCAAUGACUGCUUUACCUACACCAAUCCUCCGUUGAAUUUCAUUAUCAAAUUUGUGCCAACUUUGAACUUUCUUUCCUCUCUUCUUCCAUUUCCCAUUCUCUAUUGUCAAAGAGAAUUGUAACUACCCACAAAAAUACAUUUUUUCCCUGACCCUUUUGCUUUCAUUCUCAUUACUGCAUUGACUUCACUUUUUGGGGAUUAGGGCUUUCAGUCUUCUCCUUUUUUUGGGUUUGACUUUUGAAGUUGAGUACCCAUUGGGUGGAGGAUUCUUUUUCUUAGCUUGGUGGUUUCAAUGAAGAAUCUUGGUUUUUAGUUGUAGAAAGGUGUGGAUGACUGGGAAUCAUGGAUCAGUCGGUGUUGGCGAUCUGGGUAUUUCUCUGCUUAAUUGGUCUGCUUUUCAAUUUGUCACCCGUCGCCGGUAACGCUGAAGGUGAUGCCUUGAAUGCUCUGAAGACAAAUUUGGCUGAUCCUAAUAGUGUUCUACAGAGUUGGGAUGCAACCCUUGUUAAUCCUUGUACUUGGUUCCAUGUGACAUGCAACAAUGAAAAUAGUGUGACUAGAGUUGAUCUAGGAAAUGCAAAUCUAUCAGGUCAACUGGUACCACAGCUUGGCCAACUCCAGAACUUGCAGUACUUGGAACUUUAUAGUAAUAACAUAAGCGGAAGAAUUCCAAAUGAACUGGGAAACUUGACAGAGUUGGUUAGUUUGGAUCUUUACCUGAACAACUUAAAUGGUCCUAUUCCUCCCUCAUUGGGCAAGCUUCAGAAGCUACGCUUCCUGAGGCUCAAUAAUAACAGUUUGAAUGAAGGUAUUCCCAUGUCUCUAACCACCAUUGUUGCACUUCAAGUACUUGAUCUCUCAAACAACCAUUUGACAGGACCAGUUCCAGUCAACGGUUCCUUUUCACUUUUUACUCCUAUAAGUUUUGCUAAUAAUCAGUUGGAAGUUCCUCCAGUUUCUCCACCUCCUCCUCUUCCUCCUACGCCCUCAUCGUCAUCUUCAGUGGGCAACAGCGCAACUGGAGCUAUCGCUGGAGGAGUUGCUGCAGGCGCUGCUCUUCUAUUUGCAGCUCCUGCAAUUUUUCUUGCUUGGUGGCGUCGGAGGAAACCACAAGACCACUUCUUUGAUGUUCCUGCUGAGGAGGAUCCAGAAGUUCAUCUGGGACAACUCAAAAGGUUUUCCUUGCGUGAACUACAAGUUGCGUCGGAUAAUUUUAGCAACAGAAAUAUACUCGGUAGAGGUGGAUUUGGUAAGGUUUAUAAGGGCCGGUUAGCUGAUGGCUCUUUAGUUGCAGUGAAAAGACUAAAAGAGGAACGUACUCAAGGUGGAGAGUUACAGUUCCAGACAGAAGUAGAAAUGAUCAGCAUGGCUGUACACCGAAACCUACUUCGUUUACGGGGCUUUUGCAUGACACCCACUGAGCGGGUGCUUGUUUAUCCUUACAUGGAGAAUGGAAGUGUUGCAUCACGUUUAAGAGAGAGGCCUGAAUCAGAGCCCCCACUUGACUGGCCAAAAAGGAAGCGUAUUGCACUUGGAUCUGCAAGAGGCCUUGCUUACUUGCAUGAUCAUUGUGAUCCUAAAAUUAUUCAUCGUGACGUCAAAGCCGCAAAUAUCUUGUUGGAUGAGGAGUUUGAAGCAGUUGUUGGGGAUUUUGGGUUAGCUAAACUCAUGGACUACAAGGAUACUCAUGUUACCACUGCUGUACGUGGAACAAUUGGGCAUAUUGCCCCUGAAUAUUUAUCUACUGGUAAAUCUUCUGAGAAAACUGAUGUCUUUGGCUAUGGGGUUAUGCUUCUAGAGCUCAUAACUGGGCAAAGGGCUUUUGAUCUUGCUCGACUUGCGAAUGAUGAUGAUGUCAUGCUGCUAGAUUGGGUGAAGGGACUCCUGAAGGACAAGAAAUAUGAAACAUUAGUUGAUGCAGAUCUUCAAGGUAAUUACAAUGAAGAAGAGGUGGAACAACUUAUUCAGGUAGCUCUACUUUGCACGCAGAGUACGCCUACGGAACGUCCAAAGAUGUCAGAAGUUGUAAGAAUGCUUGAAGGUGAUGGCCUUGCUGAGAGGUGGGAGGAAUGGCAAAAGGAGGAGAUGUUCCGGCAAGAUUACAACCAUGUACACCACCCCCAUACUGAUUGGAUAAUAGCUGACUCCACGUCAAAUAUCCGACCGGAUGAGUUGUCAGGGCCAAGAUGAUCUUUCAUUUAUUCUGCCAUCAGCACAUAUAGGACUGACUCUCUUGAGGGAAAAUACUCUUUGUAUCAUUGUAUCUGUAAUCGGUAUAUGUUAUCUUCCUUCUUUUUUUUUUUUUGGGGGUUAAAUGGUAUAUGUCAUCUUUGUGCAUACCCAUUUUCCUUUUUUUUUUUUGUUUCAGUCAGUUAUAUUGUAUUUGAUUAUGUCCAAAUGUGUAUAGGUGAUUGGGUCAUUACAACAGGUCUGAACAUGAAAAUCAACUUACAGCAGGAAUGGCUGUAGAAAGCAUCUUUGCACCUUCUCUUUU